CAUACUGUUAUCAGAUCUACACGUACUGUGACUGCACAAUGCUAUGUUUGCUAGCGGCUACUUCCUGAAUCAGGCUAAGCUCGCUUCUGCGGUCGAAUAUUAAAGUAUGUCCUGUAGAUGAGAGCCAAAUUCUCUGAGCAGGUUGCUGGAGGUGACUUUCUUUGGUAGCCGACAUAAAGGGGAGUUUUGGCGAGAGCUUUCCCCGACAUCAUGGAUUACUGGAGUGCCUUGGAGGUGUAUAAAGAGAUGGUCCAGCUGUAUCUGGAGCAGGGCAGGCAGCAGGUCAACUCCUACUGUGUUGAUUUGGAGCCAUGGCAGAUCAUCGGGGCCACGUUCAUCACCACACUGGGAGCAGUCUGGAUGAAAGGCUUCCUGUUCCAGCAAGAAAGUCUGACGUCCCGGAUCAAGAAGCAGUGCUUUCGACUCAUCAGGAAAAUACCCUUUGUUGGUGGAGCAAUUCAGAGCCAGCUCAAUAAGGCUUUGGAUGACAUGUCUGCCAGUCUGUGCACGCUAAAGAAUGGGAUGAGUUAUACCAAACAGCUGCCCUCUAAAGGACUCUCUCAGGACCAAGUCCUGGACAAAAUCAGAGAGUAUGAAACUCUGAAUGAGGUUCCGUGGGAGAAAGGAUGCGUUUCUGGUGCGGUGUACUGGGGCGAUGAAUCCUUGACUAGUCUCCUUGUAAAGGUGUAUGGAGAUUUCGCAUGGAGCAACCCACUGCAUCCAGAUAUUUUCCCUGGUGUAAGAAAGAUGGAGGCAGAGGUUGUUAGAAUGGCUUGCACACUUUUCCAUGGUGGACCUAAUUCCUGUGGCACUGUUACUUCAGGGGGGACGGAGAGCAUACUGAUGGCAUGCAAGGCCUACAGAGAUAUGGCAUUGGAACGUGGCGUCAAAUAUCCUGAAAUUCUUGCACCUGUGAGCGUCCAUGCAGCUUUUGACAAAGCAGCACAUUACUUUGGGAUGAAGCUUGUCCACAUUCCCCUUGACCAAAAAACUAUGAAAGUAGAUGUAAAGGCCAUGAGGAGAGCCAUCAGCAAAAACACCGCCAUGCUAGUGUGCUCAGCGCCACAGUUUCCACACGGGAUUAUGGAUCCCAUUGAGGAUGUAGCCAAGCUGGCUGUGCGCUACAACCUCCCACUGCAUGUGGACGCCUGUCUAGGUGGUUUUCUCAUCGUCUUUAUGGACAAGGCUGGUUACUCACUGGCCCCAUUUGACUUCAGGAUAAAAGGUGUUACCAGCAUAUCUGCAGACACCCACAAGUAUGGCUACGCCCCCAAGGGUUCCUCAGUUAUCCUCUACAGUGAUAAAAAGUACCGUCACUACCAGUACUUUGUAGCUCCAGACUGGCAGGGGGGAAUCUACGCUUCCCCGUCUGUUGCAGGAUCCAGGCCUGGAGGUAUCAUUGCUGCCUGCUGGGCGACCAUGAUGCACAUGGGAGAGAACGGAUACAUCGAUGCCACCAAGAAGAUUGUUAGCACAGCACGCAAAAUCAAAACAGAAAUGCGCAAGAUUGAGGGUUUGUUUGUGUUUGGGGAUCCAGAGGUUUCAGUGGUGGCGAUAGGCUCAGACAUUUUUGACAUCUUCAGGCUGUCUAAUGCACUGACAUCGAAGGGCUGGAAUCUAAACACGCUGCAGUACCCAUCAAGCAUCCACAUCUGUUGCACGGUUCUUCACACAAAGCCUGGUGUCGCUGAGCAGUUCAUCCAUGAUGUCAAAGAGCAGGUCGCCAUCAUCAUGAAGAACCCCAAAGAGAAAACCACAGGGAUGGGAGCGAUCUAUGGUAUGGCCCAGUCUAUUCCAGACCGAUCAAUGGUGACUGAAAUCUCCCGAGGUUUCUUGGACUGUCUUUACAGCACUGAGAUGCCCAAGUCAAACACCAGCCACAUGAACGGCAACGGCAAAGCCCACUGAAGCAGCCCCCGCCCACUCCUACUGAAUGCAGGGACAUGCUCAACUCUUUCCAGGGCUCUGAGCUCGACAGUUGCCUUAUCAUGCAUACAGAUUAUAUUUGAAAGAUCCUUAAAGCACAAGCCAUCAGCCUGGCUGUAGCGCAGAUGGAAAUCACUUUUAAACUGUGCAUCAGGGGGCACAGAUAAGAGGUGACUCUUUUUAACAAGUUUAGUCUUUUGAUUUUAUCAGUGGAUUGAAAUGUUUUUGUUUUUAAGUUCAUUUCAACGUUUGCUUUUAUUACAUGCAUAUGUCUUUCCUAAUCUCCUGUGAUUGAAGAGGAAAUCUCCUUUAUCUGCCUUAACAUUUCAGUUCGCCUUCAUCACUGGUUCACUGUUUGUGAUGAAAAAGCAAAAAUACACUGCCUAUUGCACAAGAAAGCCUGUUUAAAGUGCAGUGCUCCCCUCUAGUGUUGAGUCUGAUGUACUGCAUGCUCCACACAGAGAAGACUGUUGCAGCCGCAAGUCAUGAUUGUCAUUUUAUAGUUUCCUGGGAAACAGUAAGGUAAAAGCACGACAAUGUCAAGAAAUGAACACAAUAAUCUGUAAAUCACUUGAAACUGCAUUUUUCAUGUAAUGGUUUUUUGUCUUUAAGCAUGGUCCUACAUGUUUGUGUUUUUAGCACUUAGUAUGAUAUUGUUAACUUUGUUUUAAGACUACUAUCAUAACCCAUCCCCAGUUAGGUUUGUAGGUGGGGUUAAUGGGUUAGAUACUGGGAGCUUUAAAUUGUCUUUCAGUUUAACCUGGAUGUGAAUAUUUUGAAAGCAACUUUGAAGCUUAUCAGCUAAGUUUUUAAAAAAUAAUCCAAAACAACUCCACACACACGCUGGCUUUUUAAAGAAAAUCAUUUAAAGUAGAUUUCUUACCAGCCGGAGCUGAAGACUGUUCCCAACCGUUUUGCUGAAUGUUGUCAAGAAAAAAUCAUCUAUCUUCUCUCUUGUUCGCGAAUUGCAAAAACUUGAGUAAUUUGUCUGCUAAUUCAAUCUACCUCAGUUUCUACUCAAUGGAAAUGUCCUUUAUUGAUUCAUUGAUUCUAACAUUGCUACAGCUUUGACAUGUCUACACUAAUAAAUAUGUUAGUACAUUGGACAGACUGUAGUUAAGUGUUCUUAGACUUACCUAAACCUGUAAUGUACUGAAGGAUUGAUUCUCAGACUGACAGUCUUGGAGAAACCCACUCAUUGCACUGUCAGAGUAUUGAAAUAUGCAUUUAGCACACAUUUACUAUCAUGCUAACACCAGGAGGACCUUGUGUUGUGAUCCUUUUUAUAUUUUUAUAAUACUAGCUCUCGUAUCUCCAUGAAGUGAUUUCCACAUUUGUGCAAUAUUAACUUCUGAAGUGAGACAAAGGGAGAGGCUCUGCUCUGGUUCAGAUACGCCAUUAGAUGCAUCACAGCAAUCUGCCUUGUUUGGGAAUUUUAACCACUUUUGUGACCACUGGGAGUUUAAUUACUAAAUAUGUUAGCCUGCUGUGUGAGAACGUGCAUUUCUUGUACUGACAUUAGUGCGUUUAGGCUCCUGCAUGCACUGAAAUGUUCCCUCAUUUAGUGCCUAGUAACAGACGCACUAGCAGCCCCAUGUUUGGUUUUUAACAUCUGCAUGUACCCAUGGGUCGGUCUGCUAAUACUGCACCCCGUGCUGGGGUUGCAUGCCAUCUAAAAAGGUUAGCACUGGUGAAGUGACGAAAAAGUUACUACACCUGUAUGGGAAAGAUCAUAUCAUAUUUUAGUUAGAACUGACCCACAGAUCUGAGAUUUGCAGAUUUCCUCAAGUAUAGAAAUGUAAAUUUCACCUUAAAAUAUCCUUUGUAAGGCAUAAUGGCAAAUGUAAAAAAAGAGCAAAAAUAAUGAGAUAGAAAGUAAGGAAUGAGGGAGAGAAAAUAAUGUUUUCAUUUAAUAUUUUUAAUUUGCAUCUCAAAAUUCUGACUUAAACUUAGCAUUUUGACUUUUAAUCUCAUAUUUUGAUCUUUAAAGUCAUAAUUUUUACUUUCUAUCUCAUAUACUUGCCUUUUGAAAAGAAAUUGACUUUGAUGUUGUGUUGUGACCUUUUCAACUAAUAUUUUGACUUUUGAGCUCAGAUUUUGAGCCUUUAAACUUAUCUUUUUUUUUUAUUAUCUCAAAAUCAUCAAUUUUUCUCCUCCUUAAUUUAUUACCUGUGAAAAUAAGGUUGACAGUUCAUGGUUAAAUGUUGACCGCGUUGGGCCCUCAGGUUAGACCUAAAUUCAGAUUUUGGCCCCUGCUGUGACUGAUUUUGACACCCCUGCCUGAAAGCUUCACUGAAAAUGAUGACAUACUGCGUUGAGUUCUUAAAACACCUGCAAACAUCCUGUCUUGUCCUGGUUCUGUUGCUAUAGUGAUUGUUCACCUCUCUGCCUUAUGAGGUUUGAACUCGUGUCAUAAUACCAUCCUCAGGGAUUUGAAAAAACAGGAUCAGCUGAUCUUUCACACACACCUUUAAGUACAAUGUCUAAAAUACUGUCUUAUAAUAAUGAAUUUUAUCCUGAACACAACCUGUCUUUAAAGUAGAUGAUUGAAUUAUAUGUUAAUGUCUUUUGUGCCCCUGGCUUUAUCAUGUGGGGAUUCUUAAUGAACUUUUUCACUAUUUUAUCUGUUCUGUUCCUGUAAGCCCAUCUGCAUUUAGCAGUUUUCUGUUGAUGCAUCAUUCCUUCAAGCAAGCAGACGUUCAGCAGACUG